AUGUUGAUAUGCAGACGACAUUUCAACAUCGAGCUCAGGAAUCGCGGAUGCAGUUUACAAAAGCUCAUAGUAUACUACGUAGGUUACGUUGUCAAAAAACGCUAUUUAUACUCCUGCAGAGAAUUAGGAUUCAUUUUCGUAAGGGACACGGCCGAACAUACCAUCUCGGCCUGUCCCCACUGGACGCGACAACGUGCGGCUCUACGAGCCGCCAUCGGACUGGACUGCGGUCGCCACCUUCGCCGAGGAGGUGAUGGCUGCGAAGGAGGAAGACGAGCGCGGCAGAGAGAGGGAGGCGCUCGAAACCUCAAGACGAAGACGGAGGCGACGACGUACGGCCACCAACACCCUUGGUCGUGA